CGAGCUCUCUCUCUCUCUCUCUCUCUCUGCGCGACUGUAGGUGGAUUUUGCCUCCCCGCUGGUGGGAGGAGGGGUGCUGAGCUCCGGCCUGGUCCAGGAGGAGAUCCGCUUCCUCAUCAGCCCGGAACUGAUCGCGGCUCGUCUCUUCACCGAGAGACUGUCUGACACCGAGUGCCUGGUCGUUACCGGUUCGCAACUCUACAGCAAAUACGACGGGUACAGCAACUCAUUCAGAUGGAUGGGAGUGCACAUCGACAAGACCCCAAGGGAUCUGUGGCUCAGACGCCGGACAGAGGUCGUGGCCAUCGACGCCAUUAACUUCCGAGACCCCACAGAGCAGUACACAAUUCACAAUCUGGACAGGGAGCUGCACAAGGCCUACUGCGGGUUUUCUAAUGCACACCGGGUGGUACCCGCCUGGCAGAAUACUCCCGUCGCCACGGGCAACUGGGGCUGCGGAGCUUUCCAAGGCGAUGCGAAGCUUAAAGCUCUCAUUCAGAUCAUGGCCGCUGCCCAGGCAGAAAGGGAAGUGAUCUACUUCACUUUCGGGGACGCUGGCUUGACAGAAGACCUCCGGGAAAUGCAUACGUUUUUGCGGAACGCCAAUUGCACCGUGGGACAACUUUACAGCAUACUGGAGAGGUACGCGAGGAAAGGAGUGGGGCAUUGCAGAGAUCUGUACGAAUUUAUUCACGCAAACAGUUUGAAGGGUCGCAUCUGAUGGCUGGGACUGGAGAGGGGACGCCAGAGAUGGAAUGUGUCAGUCAGACCAACAGAGCCUCGUUGACAUCUUCGGCCCUCACAUUGAUCAGGCUCAGAAACCGUCAAACUCAGUGGCUGCAAACGUUCCAGUUAAGAAAUCACAAAUCGUCCUAGAACUGGCCUGAAGAGGGGUUUUGGACAGGGACGUAAAGCUGUCAGCUCUUGCGGGAUCCUCAGUACUUGUCCCACUGUUUUGCCUCUGUCUCUUGCUACAAUUAAGCGACAAAUUGUGCACAGAGUGAAUUUCUCUGAAUCGUUUCUGUUUCAGAUUGCACACAGGGAUUAAACGCAGACACAGUUCAAUGA